UAAAAAAUGGUGGUGAAAGAUAAACAAGCAGAGAAGUUAGCGUUAUAGAAAAAGAAAGAAAACGCCAUUCCUUUGUAACGAAAACCGAUGACCAGAAGAAAGAUAGAAGUAACAAGAAUCAGAAGAAUUUUCAUACGUUUUCUUGAUAUUUAUCGAAAAACUGUUUUAUAUACAUUAAGUAAUUUAACUAGGAAACGCCUUUUAAAACGCCUAGCAUUGCUAGCGGGAAGUUAGCACGCUAGCUACAGAUUUGCUAAGCAGCAGAAGCUCGAGUGUUUUUUCCACGAGCCCAGCGGCCAGGCGACCUUUAUUCCUGAGUUCUUUUUGGUUUUUAAGAUUUAAUCGUUUCUCAGAAUAAGAACCAUGGCGUGUGGAGCUACUUUGAAGAGGACGAUGGAUUUCGACCCUUUACUGAGUCCCGGCUCGUCGAAAAGAAGGCGAUGCGCCCCGGUAUCGCAGGCAUCAGCGCCGAGAAAUUACCUGCGUCAUGAGCCGAGUCCUUUCAGCCAGCUCUCAGUCACACUCACCACAGAGCAAAUCCUUCAUAAUAUAAAGCAAGAAUACAAGCGCAUACAGAAGCGGAAACACUUGGAUGGCAGCUUUCACCAGGCUGAGGCGUGCUCAUCUUUCAUGCCCCAGCCACAUGCCUCUCUCCUGACUGGGUCCAGUUUCCAAGAGACAUCCUCUGGAGCUGUUUCACCCACAAGGAGAGAACAGCCACUGUUUACUUUUAAACAAGUUGGCAUGCUAUGUGAACGCCUUUUGAAGGAGCGUGAGGAUAAAGUCAGAGAAGAAUAUGAGGAGAUCAUGACGUCCAAGUUGGCAGAACAAUAUGACACCUUUGUGAAGUUUACACAUGAUCAGUUAAUGCGGCGAUUUGAGGAACAGCCUGCCAGCUAUGUGUCUUGAGAUCAGCAGAGCAAUGUCAAGAUGCCGUGUGCUGCAGGUUACUGAAAUAAAUGUCCGCCGACUCCACCGCAGACCUGGUUUGAAAUAAAACUGCUCCAGUGUCACUCAUGCUGACAGAGGCUGUCUUUAGAAUUUGUCAGUACAUAUUAUUGUUCCUUGUGAACCUGGGUGCUUCCUCUUGUAAAUGUAUACGGACCUUUUAUGUCUGUUUAUUCUACCAGUGGCCUACUUAUAAUCUGUAUCAUGAGCCUUUAUUGCAUUCCACGAUGUAUCCAUACAGAUACGGCAAUGCUUUUAUUUUCUGGUCAUUUCACUUGUGCAUAGACGUUAGUAUGGAUGGAAAUCCAAAAUGUUGAUUACCUCUUUACAAGUAUUCCCAGAGUGCUGCACAGCUUACAGUUUUAUUCUUCUUUAAAAAGCUUGAUGGAAAUUUUUUUCACUAGCCAAAGUGCAGCAAGAACACGACACUGAUCAUCAUUGUGAGUUUAGACUGGGAUGCAACAAAGCUGUUCUGUACUAUAGUUUGAGCUAAAGUGUUUCAUCAAUCAGUUAGAGCUUUUUUGUUUUGCUUUCCUUUGUAUUUGUAUAGACCAGGGUGUCAUGCUUCAGUCGGGAAGGGCUAGAGUUCAGUGUUCAUAGAGUUUACCUCAGUUGGCCCACAAUUCACCUCAUUAGCUCAUUACCGGAGGCUUAAUAGGUCGAAUCUGAAGCCUCGAUAUUGGCACCCUGGUGUCCAUGAAAGCAUUUUAUUAAUAAAGACUUGUGUGUACAUAA